CAACCGUAAAAUUGCAAAAUGGCAGCCUCCUGUUGUGCUGCCAUCAUAAGAGCUAGUAGAAAUAGUUUAGUGCGAAUUCCUUGCUUAGUACAGAGAAAUAUUGGAGCCAUACACACCAACAGUGCUCUGUUAUCAAUAAAGAACUCUGAAUUAGAUCAGUUUCAGUUAGGUGUUCGGGUUCGUUCUAAACAAUGGGACAGAUAUAAUGAGAUUGUUUAUCCACCACUGGAGGAAGGCCAGACACCAAGACCUGCUGAAAUAACUCAUGUUAGAUUUAAUGUUAAAUACAGCCCAGAAAAACUAUGGUAUAUAGCAUGUAUGGUAAGAGGCAUGAGUAUAGAUGAAGCAAUAAAACAAGUAUCAUUCUAUAAAAGACAGGGAUGUGUACACAUCAAAGAGGUUUUGUUAGAAGCUCAGGAAAUGGCUGUUAGAGAUCAUAAUGUGGAAUUCAAGUCAAAUCUUUGGAUUGCUGAUUCCUUUACAGAGAAAGGAGAAGUUGUGAAAGGUUUACGAAAACAUCGUUCCCUUCGUUAUGGAAUUGUACACUAUAGAUAUUCUCAUUAUUUUGUCCGUUUACGAGAAGGGAAACCACCUAAACAUUACUACCCUCCUCCACUUACGGGCCACGAGAAAAUGGAAGAAUACAUCAGAGAUAUGAGAGCUAGACGAAUUGCAUUUGGUUUAUAACAGUUGCUUAUUGUGAGGACUGGGUUGUAAACAGUAGAACUUGUCACGUUCAUCGUGUGUUUACUCUAUUCAUUUUAAGGCUAGUGUGGGAAUUGAUUUAUGGACGUAAAAUACAACUAACUUGCAUUGAUUUGCUUCCAAAACAAGCUUCAUAUUGUGAUUAAAAUAGGAGUUUAGACUACACAUAGUAACUUUAGUGGAAAUGAGAUGUUUUCAAAAGUUCUUUCUCUGAAGUAGUCCUGAAGAACAGUGUGUUAGAACAGUGCUAAAAAUGUCCAGUUAUUAGUAAAAUAUUCUACUUUCACUUUUUUUUAUUAAUUAUCAUAUAAAAUAAAAACAAUCAACAAAUUAA